UUGGCGGGCCCAUUGUCUCUUGCUGACGCAAGAGCUCUCGUCUUCACUGCUCUGUGUCGUCUGCUCCUAAGGUCCAGCCUCUGUGGCCCUGUGACCUGCAGGUAUUGGGAGAGCCACAGCUAAGACGUCGGGACCCCCUGGAAGCCUAGAAAUGGGACCAUUGCAAUUUAGAGAUGUGGCCAUAGAAUUCUCUCUGGAGGAGUGGCAUUGCCUGGACACUGCACAGCGGGAUUUAUAUAGGGAUGUGAUGUUAGAGAACUACAGACACCUGGUCUUCCUUGGUAUUGUUGUCUCUAAACCAGACCUGAUCACCUGUCUGGAGCAAGGAAAAAAACCUUUAACUAUGAAGAGGCAUGAGAUGAUUGCCAAACCCCCAGUUAUGUGUUCUCAUUUUGCCCAAGAUCUUUGGUCAGAGCAGAGCAUAAAAGAUUCUUUCCAAAAAGUGAUACUAAGAAGAUAUGAAAAAUGCAGACAUGACAAUUUACAUUUAAAAAAAGGCUGUGAAAGUGUAGAUGAGUGUCCAGUGCACAAAAGAAGUUACAAUGGACUAAAACAAUGUUUGACAACUACCCAGAGAAAAAUAUUUCAGUGUGAUGAAUAUGUGAAAUUCUUGCAUAAAUUUUCAAAUUCAAAUAAACAUAAGAUAAGAGAUACUGGAAAAAGACCUUUUAAAUGUAUAGAAUAUGGGAAAACUUUUAACCGGUCUUCAACCCGUACUACAUAUAAGAAAAUUGAUGCUGGAGAGAAACGCUACAAAUGUGAAGAAUGUGGUAAAGCCUAUAAGCAGUCCUCACACCUUACUACACAUAAGAAAAUUCAUACUGGAGAGAAACCCUACAAAUGUGAAGAAUGUGGCAAAGCCUAUAAGCAGUCCUGUAACCUUACUACACAUAAGAUAAUUCAUACUGGAGAGAAACCCUACAGAUGCAGAGAAUGUGGCAAAGCUUUUAACCACCCCGCAACCCUUUUUUCACAUAAGAAAAUUCAUACUGGAGAGAAACCAUACAAGUGUGAUAAAUGUGGCAAAGCCUUUAUUUCAUCCUCAACCCUUACUAAACAUGAGAUAAUUCAUACUGGAGAGAAACCCUACAAAUGUGAGGAAUGUGGCAAAGCUUUUAACCGUUCCUCAAACCUUACUAAACAUAAGAGAAUUCAUACUGGAGAUGUACCCUACAAAUGUGAUGAAUGUGGCAAAACCUUUACCUGGUACUCAAGCCUCUCUAAACAUAAGAGAGCUCAUACUGGAGAGAAACCCUACAAGUGUGAAGAAUGUGGCAAAGCCUUUACUGCAUUCUCAACUCUAACUGAACAUAAGAUAAUUCAUACUGGAGAGAAACCUUACAAAUGUGAAGAAUGUGGCAAAGCUUUUAACUGGUCCUCAGCCCUUAAUAAACAUAAGAAAAUUCAUAUUAGACAGAAACCCUACAUAGUGAAGAAUGUGGAAAAUCUUUUAAAUGUUCCUCAACCCUUAAUAAGCAUAAGAUAAUUCAUACUGGAGAGAAACCGUAUGAAUGUGAUGAAUGUGGGAAAGCCCUGGACUCUGACUAAAUAUGAGAAUUUAUAUGGAACAUAAACCCUACAAAUAUAAAGAAUGUGACAAAGCUUUUUAAGAAAGUUCUCAACCCUUAUUACACAUAAUUUAUACGGGACAGAAACCCUACAAGUGUGAAGAAUGUGGCAAAGCCUCUAACAACUUGUCAAUUCUUUUUGUUUUUUGAGAUGGAGUUUCACUCUUGUCACCCAGGCUGGAGUGCGAUGGCACGAUCUCGGCUCACUGCAACUUCUGCCUCCUGGUAUCAAGCCAUUCUCCUGCCUCAGCCUCCCGAGUAGCUGGGAUUAUUGGAGCCCACCACCAUGCCCAGCUAAUUUUUGUAUUUUUAGUAGAGAUGGGGUUUCAUCAUGUUUGCCAGACUGGUCUCGAACUCCUGACCUCAGAUGGUCCACCCACCUUGGCCUCCUGAAGUGCUGGGAUGACAGGCAUGAGCCACCACGCCCAGCCACAAGUUCUCAAUUCUUAAGGGACAUGGCGAUAAUCCAUGCUGAAGAGGAACUCUACAAACCUGAAAGAUGCAACAGUGCUUUUACCACCACCUCCAACUUUUGUAUACAUAAAAAUAAAUUAUACUAGUGUGAGACCUUAGAAAUGUAUGAAAUGAGACAAAGCCUUUAUAUGGUUGCCACACUUGAUUGUAGGUAAGAGAAUUAAUGCUGCCAAAAAUCCUAGAAGUGUGAAGAAUGUGGCAAAACUUUUGAGUGCUUACACCUUAUUUCACAGGAAAGCUUUUAUCCUUGAGAAAAAAAAUUGUACAGAUAUAAAGAAUAUGGAAAAGCCAUUAAUGCCCACUCACAUUAACAGAAGAAGGUUCAUAGUUAAUAAAAGCAUUAAAAGUGCAAUUACUGUCAAAAAAUCUUUCAGAAAAUAUAAGCCUUUAAAGAAGAAUAUUUAUUCUGAAAUCAGCUAUUACAAAUAUAAGGGGGGGUUGUAGUACCUUUACUUGUAUCACAAAUCUUGUUGCACACAUUGUGUACUAGAGGAAAACCCUGAAACAGUUGCUCCAGCUUUGUUCAACAUCAUGGAAUUUAUAUUGGAGAAGAGUCCUGCAAAUAUAAUGAAUUUGGAAAGACUUUUUUUUUCAAAAUCUAUAGCUUAGAAAACACCAGAGAGUUUACACUAAAGUAUAUUUUUGCAGAUGUAGUAAAUAUGAAAAAAUAUUUAAUUCAAAAUUGAUUUUAUGUAAAUAUGAGAAUUUACACUAGAAUAAGGCACUGACACUUCAGACAUUACACUAAGUCAGAGUGUUGACUAUAAAAAUGAAUCCACAACUAAAGCUGUUUUUGUAUAUAACUUUUAAAGUUAUAUACAGAUUUUCUGAAGCAUUGUCAUUUCAUUGAAAGUAUACUUGUUUCUUGAAAAAAAAUUUUGAACAGUGAAUAAUGAUGUAAUACAACUUUCAAAUUUAUGCUGUUAUUUUAUUCCUAUUGUGGUCCCGUGAUCAAUUGUUGCUGCAUCAGGGAUAUUACAGAUUCUUUUUUAUUGGGUAUUAUGACCUUUUCUAUAAAAGAGUAAGGACAUUAAAAUGUAAGAUGCAUGAUAAAAAUGUAAGUGGAGAGGCUCUUUGUAGUUAACUUAUAUGAAGUAAUGUAUAAGGUGGGGGUUCCCAUUUGUAUAAUCCUAGCCUAUGACUUGAUGUUUUGCUUUGUCUUUUGGAUGACCUAACUUAUGUUAACAUGUUGGCAGACCAUUUUAAAACUUUUUUUUCAAAAAUUAUAAUGAAUUACUUUAUUAAUAAAGACUUUUUAAAAGUG